AUGACUAAGAACGUUUGCUACUUGCUACAAGAUCUUCUCCUUGCAGGCACUAACACCACCACUCACGCUAUAGAGUGGACAAUGGCCGAAAUCAUAAACAACCCUAACGUUCUUGAGAAACUUAGAGAAGAAAUCGGUUCCGUGGUGGGGAAGGCAAGGUUGAUUCAAGAAACGGAUUUGCCUAACCUUCCUUACUUGCAAGCGGUGGUCAAAGAAGGGCUGAGAAUGCAUACACCAGCACCUAUCUUGUUUAGGACGUUCCAAGAAAAGUGUGAGAUCAAAGGGUUCCACAUACCAGAGAAGACAACACUUAUUCUUAACUCUUACGCUAUAAUGAGAGAUCCUAAUUUCUGGGAAGAUCCUGAGGAGUUCAAGCCAGAGAGGUUUCAAGAGGAGGAGACAAGAGAAGAAGUCCUGAAGUACUUACCUUUCAGUAGCGGGAGGAGAGGCUGUCCUGGAACGAGCCUAGCUUAUGUCUCUGUAGAAAACGCGAUUGGAGUGAUGGUGCAGUGCUUUGACUGGAAGAUCAAAGGAGACAAGGUCGAUAUUAGUGAGGCUCCUGGAUCAGUUACGUUGACCAUGGCAUAUCCUCUCAAGUGCACUCCUGUUCCUCGAACUCAGAUACCUUUAAGGCUAUAA